UUGAAUCUGCUGGUGCAUGUGUUUCAGGAGCGGGUUCUGAAAAUCAAGAGGAGGGUGGCCGGGCAGCUCCGAAAGAAAAGGAUCAGUACACAGUGGGGCUGGAGGUGGAGGUCGGGCAGCUGAAAAUAAAGAACGGGGAUCUGAAGAUGAAAGUGGACAAGCUGCAGAAGGAGACAAAAGAGCUACAGGAGCAGCUGGGGGCGGCAAAGGACGAGGUUGAAACGUGGAAGAAAGACGGCGUGCUUAAGGAGGUCCUGGAGGCGAAGGAGAGGGAGGUAGAGGCGCUUAGGAGGGAGAUGGAGGAGGGGAAGAGGCAGGCGAGUGGGGCUGCGCAGCGGAAGGAGCAGGAGGAGAGCGCGGUUGCGCUUGAUGUGGAGAUGGGAAGCUGCGAAUGAAGAACAUGGACCUCAAGAGCAAGGUGGAGAAGCUGCAGCAGCAGGUGCGCGAGCAGAAGG